UUCGUUUCUUGUAGUCAAUUACUGAAGGUGCUCAAGGAGCAAAAAAUGACCAUGCAGACUCUUUUCCUAUUUUUUUUUAUUUUUUUUUAGGGGGAUAUAUUUAGCUGGAUUUUCUGUCUAAUUUUAAUUGGGGUUCUUUUGACUGGUCUCUUCAUUUCUGGUGGAAUUCAAUCUCUUACUGUUUUGGAUUGUGGGCAAAGCCAUUUUAGGUUCUUCUUCCUUUUAUGUAUCUCUGUAUUUCAAUCCUUUUGUUAAGCCAUUCCUUUUCUGAAGCAAUGGCUUUUGCAUGUUCGAGCCUACAAGUGAUUAAGCAUCUCUGACUCAUUCUUAUCAGUUGCAGAUCUUCACCUUCUACGGCUUUAGGCACAGCAAAAGAUGCAUUGUGCCCUUCCAAGAGCUAAUAUUGAUUUCCAGAAAGGUGCAGACAGAGGAAGAGAUUCAUUAUCAAGGAAAGAACAAAGUAGUUUCAGGAUAUCUUCAGAGGAAUGUGAAGUGCCUUCUGUCACAUGGAGGAACUCCGAUCAUAGGUGUGCUAUCUUUAAAUUCCUUUCCCUUGAACCUGACGGACAGUGGAGAAUUGUGGCACUACCGUUGCAAUGUAAUGAUAAUAUAAAUAACUUGGUAUUGGAUGCUGUGGUGAAUAUGGAAAGUCUUCGUCUUGUUUACUCACCACCGAUUAGUCAUUUCAAGUUUAAUCGACAGAAGAUGCAGAAGGGUCCUCCCAUGGAUGUUGCUUAUUCAGUCAAGUCAUUUACAAAUAGAAGAUUUACUGGUUCAACUAUGAGACACCAAUAUCGAAAUAAGACCUUAGUAAAUAAAGCUACCAAAUGGAAUGUUUCCAAAAAAUUUCAGAAGUCAUUAACCUCCAAUGAUCCCUCAGCUAUGAUCCUAAAUGAUUCUAAUGCUAUUAAAUCCUCAGAUGUGGUUAGUAAUAGAAAAAUAGACGGCAAUGUGAAGAGAAGUUCAAGAAAGAAGAGUAGAAAGAAGGGAAAGCAGAGCAAGAAAGUUUCAUGCAAUGUUGGCUCUACUGACCACGAAGUGAUUUAUGAGGAAUAUGGCAAUGUAAGCUCAGCUUCUGAAACCUGUGGUAACAAGGACGGGGAUGGACCAGCACCAUCUUCAACUGCACCAGAAAUUUCAUUGCCAGAUUCUAAGAAUUCCAGUGAUGAGGUAGGCACUGUGAGUAAUUUUGAAAAUCAUAUUGUACUGGAAGACUCUGCGUUUCCCAUCUUAGAUGGGGUGGAGGCUAUUCAGCAUACAAAGGCAAGCUGUUACAAUGAUCUCUAUACCAAAGGUUACUCUGAGAUGCAUGACUCCUACGUUUUGGAUUCAAUUUCAAUUGGCUCAAACAGUGAUGGCAGUACUAAUCUUGGUCAUGACGAAAAACAUGCUGAGAAGGAAAUGUACAACACAGAUAUAUCUGACCCAGCAGAUUCGAGUUCUAGAAAGGGAUAUUUUACUCGUCAAAGGUCACUGAAUGAUGUUGUAAACACCUAUAAUCACACUGAGGACGCAGGGCAGGGUACUCAUGAUUUUGGCAGUAGUAGUGACAUGAAAUUUGUUGUGCCUAACAAGAGAAGUAGACAAAACAAAGUAGGACAACGGAGUGCAAAUGUUCCCAAAUCUGGUAGUGUUGGGAAUAUGCGGACAGGGGUCUGGCAAAAGGUCCUGAAGAAUGAUGCCAAUGAUUGCACUGGUGAAUUGAAGAAAGCAAGUUCUGUUUACUCAAGGCUUGAUCUCCCUUUGAGAGAGGCUCCCAUGCUCAAUAAAACCUGUAAUGCUGUUGAUGUUAAUGUCUUUUUGAAGAGUGAAAAUAGGAAACAGCAAAAAGAUAAGGUCUCAAAAAAGUUGAAAAGAAAAAAUGCUCCAGCAUUGAAACGAGAAUACAAUUGUUAUUCCAGGAAGGGAUCUCAUGCUAGCUUGGCUGGCUCAGAUGGUUCUUUGAAGCUUCGGAUGGAUCAGAGUGAUAUAUCAGAUAUCUUGUCUCAGGCGAAGGACAAGAAACCUAGUCGUCCAACGGCUGGAUUCCAGAGCAGCAAAGUAGAAUGCAUGAACUCCGUAUCAGUUCAAAGCAUGCAACUCUGUCCAAAUGAGAUUGGUCAUCUUGAAAAUGUGUGUAAAACCGUCUCAGGCAUGAAGAAUCAAAAUGUAGGAAAUCAGGAUGGCUCAAUGCAAAAAACAUGCAAUUCCUGGAAGGAACCAAGUCUGCAUCAGGUGCAAUCUUCAGUCUACCUUCCUCAUCUACUUUAUGAUGCAGCAAGUCAAGAAGUACAGAGACAAAUCCCGCUUGCAGAAAGCAGCAAGCAAAACCGGAGUAGUUCUGGAUCUCUUACACACAAGUGGAUGCCAAUCGGGUUGAAGGACUCUGAGUUGGCAAGCUUUGUUAGAUCUGAGAGUUCAUUGCUUGAACAUUCUGAUGAGGGAGCUUCUAAGAGAUGGACGAUUAAAGACACUGUUAAGGGCAAUGUGGUUUCUAAAACUGCAGUUGAGUCCAUGGCUCAGGGUUCUGGACAUGUAACUCGUUCUUCUGAUGACACAGAGGGCAGGCUUCCUACAUCAAAUGCAGUUGAAGAGGUGGCCAACAACAAGCUUCAUGCAGCUAACUAUGUGAAUAGUUAUGAUGUAUCCAAAGGUCUAAAUGCUUUUGAAGCUUAUUCAAACAGAGUAUUAGAAGCAGUAAAUAAUGCUUGUAGGGCACAGCUGGCAUCUGAAGCUGUUCAAAGGACCACUGGUCAUCCAAUUGCCGAAUUUGAAAGACUUCUGUAUUAUUCAUCUCCCGUUAUCCAUCAAUCACCUAGCCACACAAGUUGUCACACUUGCUGUUCAUGGAACCAGGUUGACCAGGUUGGUGGUGUGUCAUUGUGCAGACAUGAGACACUAAAUAUCACUUUAGGAUGCCUAUGGGAGUGGUAUGAGAAAUAUGGGAGCUAUGGGCUGGAAAUAAGGGCUGAGGAACCUGGGAGUCCAAAGAGAUUGGGUGCUGAUCGUUUAGCAUUUCGUGCUUAUUUUGUCCCUUAUUUGUCAGGAAUUCAGCUUUUCAGGAAUGGUAGGAGUACUGGUACUAGAGAUAUUGACAAUAGACUUCACAAUCAUCAAGUGUUAAGCGCAUGCUGGAGUGGUGAGAUAUCCAGAAAAUCCUCUAGUAUUGGUAGUCUUCCAAUAUAUUCACUACUUUUUUCUCAUCUUGAUUGCAAGGAAGAUGCAGUCAUCCCACCACUUGUAAACGAACUGGGUAUUCGAGAAGCUUUUGCCAAAGAUGUAACUGUUCAAUCAGCUGACACAACAGGUUUCAGUGAUUUAGAGCUACUUUUAGAAUAUUUUGAAUAUGAACAACCUCAACAAAGACGACCUCUAUAUGACAAGAUAAAGGAGCUGGUUAGAGGUGAUGGACAUUCACAUUCAAAAGUGUAUGGCGAUCCAACUACACUAGACUCUAUAAAUCUAAAUGAUCUACAUCCCAGAUCUUGGUAUUCAGUGGCAUGGUAUCCUAUUUACAGGAUACCUGAUGGUAACUUCCGUGCAGCAUUUUUGACCUACCAUUCACUUGGUUGUCUGGUUCGUAGAAAUGCCAACUUUGAGUCUCGUAGUGUGGAUGACUGUAUUGUAUCUCCAGUUGUGGGUCUUCAGAGUUACAACGCUCAGAGUGAAUGCUGGUUCCAGUUAAGGCCCUCAGCACCAGCACAGACAACAUUAUCAAACUUAAACCCUUGUGAAAUACUGGAGGAGCGUUUGAGGACACUUGAGGAGACGGCAUCUCUUAUGUCAAGAGCUGUUGUGAGCAAAGGAAGUAUGACAUCUGUAAACAGGCAUCCAGACUAUGAGUUCUUCCUCUCUAGGCGGCGCUAGCUGCGAUGUAUUGAAAUUUUCUGUAACUGAUUUUAACAACUCAUAAUUAAACUAGUGUCAGUUCCCCAUUAAGCUUAUCUACAUUCAAGGUAACAUCUAACCUCAGGUAGGCAGAAAGGGUGACCAACCUUUUUCUUUGUUUUUUUUGUUACACAUACAUAUAUAGAUAGCCUUUCCUUCCAGGAUGCAUGUGAGUGCCUCAGAAUAUAAUGCAACUCUUUCGGGGAUUUGGAAAGGUACUGUAGUGUUACUGAAGAAAGGUAGUGUAGUGUUAUCAGUUUAGCUGCCUCCUGAUAAUGUUGUAAAUAUCUUACAGAAUACAUGAUCUGUAAAUAGCGUUCUCAGUUUGGAGUUUUUAUCCAGUCACUGAUUCAUAUGA